AUGACAUCAUCACCAUCGACGUAUCUACUUCCCGGACCACCGGCACUACUUGGUUCGAAACCAAUUCUUAUCAAACCAUCUCCUCCAGCAAUCCUUCAUCCCUCUAUUCACCAACGACCUUCACUUUCAACACAUGUUCAUCCCCAAAUGAUGAAAUCAAUGUCACCGAAUGAUACAUUUCAUCCGUUAACAAUCACAACGACAACUAAUGGCACAUCAGUAUUACAAGCUAAUCAUAAUAAUAAUGAAGACUGUAGUAAUGGUUCAAAUGGGCAUAGUCUUUCUCAAAAUCUUGAAUUACAUUGA